AUGUAUAAUUCAGUUGGCUUUAUUGAUUCGUAUAAAAAUGAUUUAUCAAAAGCACUAGACUAUUAUCAUUUAGCUCUUGAAAUGAAUACAAAACGAUUUCCGAUUGAUGAUCUAGAGGAUGUAAAUAUUUAUAACAAUAUUGCCAUGAUUUAUUUUAAGCAAUGUAAUUAUUUCGAAGCUAUCAGACUUCAUCACAAAUGUCUUGAUAUACAAUUGAAUGCUACCACAUUACUACGAGAUCGUGAAAUAAUGGUGGGCAGUUAUUGGAAUUUAGCACUUGCCUACUCCAAAAGCGAACAAAAUUCCGAAGCAUUAGAUUAUUUUCAAGUAGCAUUAGCUAUUGAAGAAAAUAUUUUUUCCUUCAGAUCAUCCAUUAGUCAAGAAACUUCAUCAAAUGAUAAAUAUUAUAAAAACUGUUUGUGA